AGAAAGAGGUUACCAUGGCCCUGGCAGGUUCCUAUGAAGUUGUGGUGAAGAAUGCAGCCAAAGCUGUUAUCAAACCCCUGAAAAUAUGCAUGUGCUCCCUCAAUAGUGUUUAUGAAGCCCUCAUUGAUGCAGAUGUACACCCUGUUACUGGAUACUGCUCCAACUACGGCUACAUCAGGACCCAGAUCGAACAGGCCUGGUGGAGUUUACAGCGCUCGGAUGAAGCAGCCUCGACGUGCUUGAGAUCUCUGGAUAAAAGUUUGGAGACGCUCACGCAGGACGAGGGAAAACUGGAACGGAAGAAAAAUGAUACAAAAGAGGUUUUGGGCCACUUGAGAACAAAGAAGGAUUCUAAUAAAGAGAUGCUCAAAGAAUCUCAGGGAGCUUUGAAGCAGGCAGAGAGAAACCUGAGUUCAGCAAGAAGGACAGUUGAGGAACAGGAAAAAAGGGAAGCCAAUGCGAAAGUGGGUUUAGCAGUUGGACUGGGUAUUACUCCUAUACCAUUUGUCGGAUGGGUUGUUGGUCCUGCGAUGGUGAUUGCUAGCGCAAUAGAAAUUUCUGAAGCGUCAAAAGCUAUCGAAAUAGCUGAAGAGGAGGUGGAAAAGUUCAAGAAACAAGCAGACAAAUAUGAAGAUAAAGUGAGCAACUACAGGUCCAAGAUUUUACGGACCAACGAUUCUAUCACCCAGAUUGAUUAUAAGCUGAAUCAGAUCCGCAAAGAGGUCAAAGUGAUGAAAAGACAGAGGUGGGGAAUCGCUGAGUUGCAGAGGAAGGUCAGGAGCACCGUCCUCCUUCUGAGUGUCCUCAGUGGGAAGGUCAACGUGAUGGAACAACAGACUCGCAUGUUUAUUCUACAUCAACCAGUCGUGAUGGUGAUGGAGGAGGUCUUGAAGUCGACAAGAGAAAUCGUGGGUAAUGAGCUUCUCUGUAACGCGGGCGUGUUAAGCAUUAUUGAGAAAAUGAGGGUGAACAACCAACGUCUGAAAGCCGUCUGUGCUUCACAAAAUACUGAUAACGAUAUGAUGCAAUACUUCUAACAGAAAAUAAA